AUCAGAUAAGAAUAAAUAUUCAAGUACAAUAAUUAACUAAAUUGAAUAUAAAUAUGAAGUUUUUAACCACAAAUUUCGUCAAGUGUGCCAUCAAGACCUGUGACUCAUCUCUUGAUGCCUUCCCAUUACAAUACACCGAAUGUCAACUUGUUCAAGAAGAAUCUGAUUUCAACCCAGAAUUCAUAUGUCAUAUGCUUGAACGUUUGGAUUGGCAGGCCAUUCUUCGUGUUGCUGCAGACUUAGGAAACACUUCCUUGCCAGCCACCAAGCCAGAGGACAUCGACCCAAUAAUGGAAGAUGACCAAGCUCUUUUGAGAGAUUUACACACCUUGUUAGUGGAGACCCAAAUCGUAGAGGGAAAGAUGACUUGUAGAAACUGUGAUCACAUCUAUUACAUCAAGAACUCUAUUCCAAACUUCCUUUUACCACCACACUUGUGUUAAGCAGAAUUAACGGGGAUCUUGUGGAGCUGAGAUCUAGUCUCAGGUUGCAUUAAAGGGCUAGGAGCUCUCAUAAUCAUGUACAAUAUAAUAAACGACAAUAAUUAUAGAGAAAUGUUAGGAUGUAGUGAAGCUGUAUAGUAGUAGAGUAGUUUGCGAUAUUUUACAUGGUAUUAUAGUUUGUACAACCUAAAAGGUUUAUGUGGCCAAUUAAGCUUCUCUAACUCUCUCUCUGUAUGUCUCUCUGUAUCUCUCUCUCUCUCUCUGUAUAUAUCUCUCACUCUCACCCUCUCCUACUUUUUUGCUAUUUUUAUCUACCUAAUGAUUAUACAAACAAGAGCUAUAAAUAAAUCUCUGACGAAAUGAAGACUUAUCAGGAGAGUCAAUUUAUCACAUAAUUUUUUUUUUUUAACUAACAUAAGGGAUAAUUACGUUUAUAGCUGUCUAAAAGGUAAAUCCUGAUUCAAACAAUU